GUGGUGGUGGUUCGUUCGCUCGCUCGCUCAUUCGAUUUGUAACGUUCGUCCGGAAAGUCGUCGCGGUCGCGCAGAUGAAAAGUGUUUUUCGGAUUGGCUUUGGCUCGCUGAAAUAAUGGCUAAUUUUGUGCACAUUGCGUCGAGUGCGGUUUGCAGAUUGUGGACGAUUGAUUCGUGCGGGUGUAGACGCAGUAAAUAGUGCAAAAACGGUUCAGGGAGGUGCAGUUUUUGUGGUCAAAAGUUGCCAUUGAAAAGUGUUCCACUGUGAAGAAUUUUUGCGUUGCGCUGUUGUACAAAAAAAAAAGUUCGUUAUACCUGGGGUUGGGUGACUGGAAGCGCUCGAUGAUCAGUGUUGAGUAGAAGGAAGAUUAUUGAGUCCGGUUUGUCUUGCAAUGGUCGGAAUUAGGUGUGAGCGCUAAGAAGGACGAAGAGAAGCUCGAAAAAUGAAAAAGUGAGAAAAAGGGCCCUAACCUCGAUUUUAUGCCAGGUUUGUAAAUGUUUACAGCAGGUCUGGUAAAUGUGUUAGUGUUACAAACCGGGAGCCGGGAAAAUCGGUCAAGAGUUUGAAUCUUCUGUGUUGAGCAAAGUUUGAUCAAAAUUAUUUUGUGACCGAUUGAAGAAACUAGUGAAUUAUAUUAUGAAAGAGUUAGUGAACCUUGACAAGAAGCUGCCCGCCGAAAGCCACCACAUCAAUCACCGAAUUCAGGGGAAUCAAAAACAGUUGGAUAGUUGCAGCAACGGACCAACGGGCAGUCGAGCGGAACACAAGAGUUGGUCAAUCUCGCAGAAAACGGAAAACGAAGCGACUGUAAAAACUAAUACAAAAACCGUGGUAAGAGCGGAACAGCAGCCGUUGCAUUCUAUAGAGAACCGAGAUUUGCCAGCAGCGAAGAUGGACCACUCCACCUGUGACAAAAGCAAAAGUGAAGCCAUGUCGAUAUCGCCGCCGCCUUCCCGAGAACAAGUGCGCAUCUGUUUGGUCGGUGCGGUUGCCCACGACAAAGCCAGUCUAGCCGCGGCCCAGUCGUUAAAGCUGCCGCUCGUCCUGUCGGAAACCGGUGCCGAAUACGUGACCGACACCAGCACAGUGACAUAUUUUGUCCUAAAUCAAUUUGACGGCCCCGUAUACGAUGCAAUUUAUCGCUCAAAGCACAGAAUCCUUGGCCCACCGGCUCUGCAGCAGGCUGCAAGAGGCGGCGAUGGGAUCCCACACAACAACCGUCCAAUCUACAACUAUUGCAUGCGGGGCGUCAUAACGUGUUUCACCGGUAUUCGCAAGAAGGACGAGCUGACCCGCCUGGUAGACCUCAUUCACUCAAUGGGUGGAUCGAUCCGAAAAGACAUGAAUACCAAGGUGACACAUCUCAUUUGCAAUACAACCGGAGGCGAAAAGUACCAGUACGCAAUGACUUUCCGGUUGGCCGUGGUCCGCCCCAGCUGGGUUGUACAAGCGUGGCAGAACCGUAACGAUCCGAACUUUGCGGCCAACGUGGAAGAGUUCACCAAAAGUCACCGACUGAAAGCGUUCGAGGGGCAGAAAAUCUGCUUUUUCGGCUUCCCGCCGGAAGAGCACCAGCACAUGGUCGAUGUGCUGAAGAUGAACGGAGGCAUUCCAGCGGACCUGGAGGACCCGGAGUGUUCGCAUGUGGUUAUGUCCAAUACGGGAGAACAUUUCGCCGAUGCGUUGUUGCCAAACGCAGCCUCACCGAAAGAUAAGAACCGCUCAUCUGCGUCUUCGUCCUCGUCAUCGUCGCCAGCAUCUCCAGGUGGAGCAGAUAACAACAACGGACAGCAAUCAAAUACUCCCCGCAUGGACGGCAAAUUGGUCGAGAAGCAGGAAGCUUUCAUUAAGCGACUCAACGAGUGUCAAGCGGAAGACGAAGGGGGCAAGCAGGGGGAAUGCUCCGGAAUGCUGCGUCCCCUACCAGCCCUGGCGGAGGAAAGCGAAACCAGUGACAGUGCUUGCAGCCGAGUGGAUCAUAUGAGCAUAGCCGAGAAUGAAAACAAUUUGAACAAGGAUUGCGAACAGCAGAAUCAGUUGGACGUGUCUCCGAUUAGAUUCAUAGAUGAGAAUGCUGAACAUUCGGGCUCGGUCAAUUCGAGCUCGACUCCGGAGGGUCCGGGAAAGAUGGAUGGCGUUGUGUUGACUUGUGGCGAUGAGAAUGAAUUCCUCAAUCCUAAUAAUAUUUCACCUAUUUUGAAGGUGAACCGAGUCAGUGAUGAAUCGCUGAAGAAAAUUACCGAAGAAGAUGAGGACGAUGAAGAUGAUAUAGACGAUUAUAUCAUUGCCAAUAAGGAUGCUCUGAAACGCAGACGUCAGGAAGACAGCUUCGAUGAUAUUUCUAUGAUUUCCACCGAUUCGUUAGCUACAAGUGUUGUUUUUGGUUCGGCCAAAAAACCUAAAUUGAUCCGUACUGGAUCCAUUACCAGGGGUCUACGAAGAAGCAUGAGUUUCGCUGCCAUCAAAACGCCAAUAGCUUCAAUGCUUCGCUCUCGUAGAAACUCCGUUGAUCCAAACGCGUCCAUUAGUUCCAUCGCAUCCAUAGAAACUACUUUCAAUGAAUCAAUCAAAAAGCCCGUGAAGGAAAAGCUACGUAGUAUUCGCGAUAAGAUCACUAAAAGCAGUAAAAAAGAAACUCCAAAAUCUAUCAAAAACAAAGGUUUGAUCACCUCCGCCAAUUUGGACAGUCUCAAAAAAGUUUGCAAAUUUAAGUCGGACAAAAAUGUGGUCAACACCCCAGAACAUUCGAAAAACGGUGACAAAAAUGAGGUGGAUUUCAAAACGCCGAUCGCCCCUCCUCCCUACCCCAGUAGCUCGUCCUCUUCGAAAAUCAAGAAGAUGACCAACUUUUACCGACACUCGAUGAUAGCCACAACCUCUGCCAAUAGCACAGCCCUGCUUGACGUACAUCCACCGGCGCAAACAGGCGUCCCUCCCGAAGAGUCUAAGGAUGAUGAAUUGGCCACUCUGUUGCCAAUCGCAAUCACGUCCGAUUUGAACGAAACCGUCACAACGAUCGAAGCUGUUGUAGGUCAAGAUCUGGACUCCACCACGGCGACAGCAGCGGUACCACCAGCGACGACUACGGUUGUUGACGAGCACGUAGUUACCUCCAAACCAGAACCUAAAAAUACCAAAACACACAUCGUCAAAGCCGAUUGGUUCUGGUACACGAUACAGAACGGAUAUGCCGACGAAGGUUACUACCUAUUCGGAGACUACCUAGAUAGUAUAGCAAAUACCCCUGGGGUAGACCGAAGGGAUUCGCUUCCGAUCAGUUUCAACAAACGUAAACGAAAACGCCUAUCCCAUCGCACGCCAGCCGGCGAAGGAACUCCUUUGGGUGCCGGAAAGCGACGAUCUUCGGUUUCCGAUGCUGGUUUACUGUCCGUGUCGGGUAGUUUUCUCGACUGCACCACCAGCCCGGAUAAACACGAGGGAAGCAAGAAGAAUGUCAUCACCGAAGCGGCGGACGCUUCGAUCGAUCAACCGAUCAAGAGUCAAUCGAUGCGGCACAAUCACUUCAUGGACUUUUUCCACACAGAGUCGAACUACGUUGGGAUCUUGGACACGAUCGUUAAUCUCUUCAAAGUACCGCUGGAGGAGAUGGCCGAGAACGAUCCGGACAACGCACUGCUCAACAAAUCGGAGCUGAAGUCGAUCUUCAGCAAUUUCCUACCGAUUCAUGACGUCCACAAGGAUAUGCUGAAUCAGCUAAAGGAGAUCCACAACAAAUGGGCCGAGGAGCACCUGAUCGGGCAGAUCAUUCUCGACUAUCGGGACGAUCUGAUCAAGGCCUAUCCACCGUACGUGAACUUUUUCGAACAGAUGAAAGAAACACUGCUACAGUGCGACGCGUCCAACCCAAGGUUCCAUGCGUUUCUCAAAAUCAAUCAGGCCAAGCCGGAAUGCGGCCGGCAGACGUUGCAGGAUCUGAUGAUUCGGCCGGUGCAACGGUUACCCAGUAUUAGUUUGUUACUCAAUGACAUUUUGAAACACACCGCCAAAAGCAAUCCGGAUCACAAGAAACUGGACGAUGCCCUGAAAGCAAUCAAAGAAGUGAUGACCUACAUCAAUGAAGACAAACGUAAAACCGAAGGUCAGCUUGCGAUGUUUGAUAUCUUCAACGACAUUGAUAAUUGUCCGCCCCAUCUAGUGUCAUCGCAUCGGCACUUUGUGUCACGCUGUGAGGUCACCGAGCUAACCGACAGUCUCAGUGGCCGGGGCGACUCGCUCAUGCUGUUUCUGUUUAGCGACACGCUGGAAGUGUGCAAGAAGCGGUCACGAGCCUUCAACAACACCAAAUCGCCCAGUACAAAUGGUCUCAACUCGACCCGGUGCCAAACGACGAAACCGUACAAGCACGUCAAACUGAUGCCCCUGAGUUCGAUCCGGCUGGUGGUCAACAUCCAGGACAGCCCGCGCGCCUUCGCGCUCAACUGCAGGGCCACCGCCGACAACAAGGACCGGUUGCACUCGUUUAGCAUCUGCGACGAGGAGAAGGAUAAAAUUAUCUAUCUGAAAAGCUUGUGCAAGCAGCUGGCGGAGAACGCGUGCAAGGCGGACGCCGACAAAUUCAUGCUCAACUGCGAAUCGGAAGAGCUCGGCAUCGACGUGAGUGACAUCAACGUGGGAACGCUGUCGAAGGCAUUCAAGUUUGCGACCAGGACGAGAUUGAGGGUCGGGCGAGCGUUCUCCUUCAACAAGACACCUUCGAAGCUGAAACGUGCCGUCUCAACGAUGAUGACAUCCCCCUUCGGCAGCACCCAAUCGCUAACACCGGCCUCCCAGCUGGCGCAAAUGAAACUGGCAAGCUGUACGAACAUAAACGAAGUCGGUGAGGAGUCGUCCGAAACGGACUCGAAAGCGUCCUCGUCGCCAUCGUCGGCGUCGGAAAUCCUGGUGGCACCGAUGUCCGUCCAACCGAUCCGCAAAAACAAGAACCCUCCCAUGUCGAUGGCAGCGCUUCGACGUUUCUGAUGAUUCGCGAGAGAACACGAAACAGUAUGGCCACCAAGAAAACUGGAUUCGAAUCGGGUGUUUGCGACACAAGAGCGCGGAGUCGUGGAAGGGGUCUCUCAUUAAGGGUACCAUGUUGUCGUUCCGGUUUCGUCCAUUGUGUAUGUUGUGAUUUAAUUUUACUGUUAUUUUUUGGUCGUCCUUUGAAUCUGGUGCACCAGGAGAGGGAAUCAGAGCAAAGACAGGGAUAAAACUAAAAUAUAUAUGUAUAAAAAUAUUGUGCCAACAUCACACAAUCACGAAAAAUGCUCUCGAUUUUUUGUGGAUCCCAGGCUAGCUUUUGUUUCUCCUCUUCUUAGUGCAUAGAUAGGAUAAGAAAAAGGACACUCGAAAGAUUUUUUUUGUUGCUUCCCGGUCUACAUUGGGUGAAAUUGCUCUUACCAUAAAGAAACAUGUACAGAAAUAAAGAGUGCAGUUUCCCAAAGCUUGGGAUUUGCAAGAUAAUCAGCGAGGAAAGCUUGAAGAAAAAUAUGUUGUAAAUAUUUUACCUUUCGUUUUGGAAAUUGAACGGGCGGAUGCGAGCGAUACAGAGAACACGAGAGAUAGGAAGUAGAAUGCAACUGUAAUAGCAUAAGGUGAAUAAGAUUGCUCUCCGUUUUUUUCUCCUCUGAUAGGUUUAAGAGUUCCGUUCAUAGCUCUUAUUAUUUGUGUACGUCCUUCGUGUUUUAAGCUAAGCGAUUAUAUCUGUUAUAAAUAGCUUUUUGUGCAACACAGAAUCAACGAGAGAAACAAGACAAAAGACAAUAGGAGAAAGGAAAUGUGCGCGUUCUUUCGCGGUCUGAGAUUUUGCAGUGUAGGUCUUCUAGAGGUACACGAGACUAGACAGAUGAAAAAAUUAAAAAAGGUAUAUAAGUUUGAGCUCGUAUCAGGAAAUGCGAGUAUGUUUUAUAUCUAGCAGGUUGUUUGAGUUUGUUCCGAGAGAAUGCUUUUGAUGUAGACCAUUUAAAAAUUAAUUGUGAACGAGUGAAACGAGCUGAAAGAUAAUAUAGCAAGAUGAAAGGAUACUUUUAUCCUUUUGUGUAAA